AUGUCGAAUGCCAUGCAUGUCAAGGACGACUAUAGUCUAAACGAACCAAGAGUCAAACCUCCGCCUCAGCCGCAUAGUAUUCCCGUGCCGUUCGCGUACUUCCCCAGUGACGAUGGCACGGAUGAGAACCUGUUGGUGUUGCUUCACGGGCUUGGUGACAGUCACGAGCCCUUCGCCAGCCUUGGACGACAGCUGCGUCUGCCGCAGACCGCCGUGCUCGCUUUGAGGGCGCCUCAGCAGAUUCCCUUUCUCGAGGAACGAGCCUUUCAGUGGUACACGUCAUUUGACCCUCUCGGCGAUAUCAUCCCCAACCCGGAUCCGACACGAGCGCUGGAAUUGCUCACCAAGGUGCUUCGAUACCUUACGGAGGAAUGUCACUGGAGGACGGACAAAAUUCACCUCCUAGGGUUCGCACAAGGGGGCAGUGUCGCCGCGGAAGUCGCCCUGAGAUGGUGGCUCAAUGAGCUGUCUAGCUCGGGGAAAGAGGUGUCCCUCGCUCGUCGGGCGUUUCUGGGGUCGGUGGUGACUAUUUCCGGGCCCUUACUUUCAUACCCAACCCCCUCGUCUCCUUGUCCGACACACGUCCUUCUGUUCGCUCGAUCGGCGGAUGCCAAAGUUACGGCAGCGUUCAAGAAGGGGUUCGCGACCUUGACCGAGGUGGUGAAGAGAGGCCAAGAGGGGAUGCCGCGUUCUCGAGAGGAAUGGGAACCCAUCAUGCGGUUCUGGAGCGAGCGGUUGUCCAAACGGCCAGGAGAAGGCUUGUUUGAGGUGAUGACUGGAGGUACUGCAUGA